GCGACGGUCGGUGUAUCUGGAGAUUCUGAAUUCGCCCUUCCAAGUGCGUCGCUUGCAGCAGACGGUGAAGCUGCAUCUGGAAGACAUCCGAACCAUCUUCGAUCUGCUGGACCUCGACGGUGCGGGCACGGUGGACUUUGAAGAGUUCUGUGAGAGCUUGGACUGGAUCAGCAAACCUGUCACGGGACGUCGGCUCUUGAAGGUGGACUUGGGGGUGAAGUUGGUGAGUUCGAAGGUGCAGCAAGGAGUCGUUGAUGCCAAGAAAGACUUCCAAAGUUUUUGCCGCCGCUUCGACCGACAACAGAAGGUGCUCAUGGCCAGGUUUGAUGAAUAUCAGAGCUUCGAUUUGGGCGGCCCAUCCUUGGGCUACCGCGCGCGCUUCCGCUCCAGAUCCCUGUCCAACAUUUCUCGUGCUUCGUCGACCUGGUCCAACAUUUCUCGUGCUUCGUCCACCUGGUCCUCGGAGUCCUCCACGGCCUUGGGAAGACCAGCAGGUCGAGGCCGAAGGGACAGGUCGAUGGAUUGUAGCGAGAGGUCCAUGGAUUCCCUGGGACUCCUUUCUCGGAACACCUCGGAGGAGUCCUUCCCCUUGAGGAAAGAAGUGGAGGUGGAG